AUGGAGUUAGCAGAAGCUGAAGCUGAAGCAGAAGACAAGCUCCACCAUCGUUUGCUCCACUGGAGUAAGCCACAAAAUGAAAAACUUGAAACUGAGAAUGAAGAGGAAGAUGAGCAUCCCAGCCCUGAUACAGUGACUCAUACGGUGGCAUCCCACGAGACUGUCUGUUCUGUCGUUGAGUGUCUAAAUAAAUCUCUCUUCUUUUCUGUCUCAUUUUGCUUUGUGGUAAGGUUCGUUAAAACAUGGUUUAACCAGCCUGCGAGGAGGCACCGACGCAAGCAAAAUAGAAUUAAGAAAGCUAAAGCAAUCGCACCGCGUCCAGCAGCGGGACCUUUAAGACCGGUAGUUCGAUGCCCAACAGUGAGAUACCAUACUAAGGUCCGCGCCGGUCGUGGAUUUACUCUUCGUGAAAUCAGGGCGGCUGGGCUAAACCCCGCUUUUGCAAGAACGAUUGGUAUUGCUGUUGACCCUCGCAGACGUAACAAGUCUGUUGAAUCUUUGCAGACUAAUGUACAAAGGAUAAAAGAAUACAGAGCUCGUCUUAUUUUGUUCCCUAAGGGCAAAAAGGUGCUGAAGGGUGAGGCUAAUGAGGAGGAACGUAAGUUAGCUACGCAGUUGCGUGGUCCCUUAAUGCCAGUGCAGCAACCUGCACCUAAAUCGAUUGCCCGUGUUAUCACUGAGGAAGAGAAAGACUUCAAGGCCUAUCAAUAUCUAAGAGGGGCCCGCUCUAUUGCUAAACUUGUAGGCAUUAGAGCUAAGAGGUUGAAGGAUGCUGCUGAAAAUCCUGAUGAUGUAACUAAAGCCCCAGCAGCUGCAAAAGAAGGAAAAUCUAAAAAG